AUGAGCACAAAGAAAAACCUCCCCAAUUUCGGAGGUCGAGCCUUCGUCAACGCCCCUGCCGUGUUGGACAUCAACAAGAUCAAGGAGCUGCUGCCGCACAGAUACCCCUUCCUGCUGGUGGACCGAGUGAUCGAGUACCAGCCGGGCGUGACGGCGGUGGGCAUCAAGAACGUCACCGUCAACGACAACUUCUUCCCCGGCCACUUCCCCGAGCGCCCCAUCAUGCCCGGCGUGCUCAUGGUCGAGGCCAUGGCGCAGCUAGGAGGCAUCGUGAUGCUCACUGACGACUUUGGCGGCAAGAGAGACGCCUUCUUCUUUGCUGGCGUCGACGGGGUCCGUUGGCGCAAGCCCGUCACCCCCGGUGACACGCUCGUGAUGCGCAUGACCCUCACCAAGUACCAGAAGCGGUUCGGAAUCGCCAAGCUGGCAGGCAAGGCGUACGUGGGUGGUGAUCUCGUGUGCGAGGGCGAGUUCAUGCUUGCCCUCGGCAGCUAA